AUGGAAAGACCCAUGGUUCCGACAUGGAGAACCGAACCGGUUUAUCGGCCAACGGAGACGCCGCGUGAACCUAUGGAGUUUCUCGCUAGCUCCUGGAGUGUCUCAGCUCUCGAAGUAUCCAAAACCGAAGAAGAACCCAUCCCGGGCGACGGUGAUACUGAGGAGAACGGACUUGUCUCCGGAAACCCUUUCUCAUUCGCUUAUUCAGAGACUUCCCAAAUGGUUAUGGAUCGUAUCUUGUCUCACUCCCAAGAAGUGUCACCAAGAACAUCUGGUCGGCUUUCACACAGUAGUAGUGGUCCUCUCAACGGUUCUUUAACCGACAGUCCUCCUCCAGAAUCCGACGACAUCAAGCAGUUUAUUCGAGCAAACAAAAAUUCAGUACUGAACAACAUAAACUCUCAGUUCCGUUCAACGGCGACUACUCCGGGAUCUAUAACCGCCACAGCGACACAAUCCAAGACGGUGGGACGGUGGCUUAAGGACCGAAGGGAGAAGAAGAAAGAGGAGACUCGAGCACACAACGCUCAGAUUCACGCUGCUGUCUCCGUCGCCGGCGUGGCUGCAGCUGUUGCUGCUAUCGCAGCAGCCACCGCCGCGUCUUCGAGCGCUGGGAAGGAUGAGCAAAUGGCUAAAACCGACAUGGCUGUUGCUUCAGCCGCGACUCUUGUGGCUGCUCAGUGUGUGGAGGCUGCUGAAGUAAUGGGAGCUGAAAAAGAGCAUUUGGCCUAUGUUGUUAGCUCCGCCGUCAAUGUUCGCUCUGCCGGUGAUAUCAUGACACUCACCGCCGGUGCAGCCACAGCGUUAAGAGGAGUGGCAACAUUGAAGGCGAGGGCGAUGAAGGAAGUGUGGAACAUUGCAUCAGUGAUUCCAAUGGACAAAGGACUCACUACUUCUGGAGGAGGCAGCAACGUUAAUAAUGGUAGCAAUGGAAGCUCAAGUAGUAGUCACAGUGGCGAGCUUAUACAAGAGGAAAAUUUCUUGGGAACUUGUAGCCGAGAAUGGCUCGCCAGAGGUUGUGAACUUCUCAAACGUACUCGCAAAGGUGAUCUCCACUGGAAAAUAGUUUCUGUUUACAUAAACAAGAUGAAUCAGGUUAUGUUGAAAAUGAAGAGCAAGCAUGUUGGAAAAACCUUCACCAAGAAGAAAAAGAACAUUGUUCUUGAAGUGAUCAAGAAUGUCCCCGCCUGGCCUGGACGACAUUUGUUAGAGGGAGGAGAUGAGCUUAGAUACUUUGGUUUGAAGACGAUUCUGCGAGGUGAUGUGGAAUUCGAGUGCAAGAGCCAAAGGGAGUAUGAUAUGUGGACACACGGUGUCUCAAGGCUUAUUGUUAUUGCUGCUGAGAGGAGAUUUAGGAUAUGA